AUGCCUUCCCUCCGCACAGUCCUCGCCUCUCUUCUCCUGGCAGCUUCCACAGCCUCUGCCACCGGCAUCAACGACUUCUCCUGCACCUCAGACUCCAACCCCGUCGUUCUCCUCCACGGCCUGGGCGCCACGUACUACGAGGACCUGAACUUUCUACAAUACUGGCUCCAAAACCAAGGCUACUGCACAUACUCCCUGACCUACGGCGCCUACGAUGGCUUCCCGUUCGUCGGCGGCCUAAAGCCCAUCAACGAGUCCGCCCCCGAGAUCGCCGCCUACAUCAAAGAAGUCGUCCAAAAGACGGGCAAAAGUAAAGUGGAUCUGAUCGGCCACUCUGAGGGCGCAUUCCAGUCCCUCUACGUACCCAAGUUCGAGGGCGUCAGUGGGUUAAUCGAUAAAAUUGCUUCGAUCGCACCGCCCACCCACGCGACUACCUUUGCUGGAAUCUACGAGCUGGCCUACCUGUUCGGCAAUGCGUCGCGCGCUGCAGUCGGCGACGUCUUGGAUGCUGUGGGUUGCGGUGCAUGCGACGACCUGGGCCCCGAUGGUGCGGCCAUCAACCGGUUGAAUGACGGUACGCCCAUCGUGCAGGAAGGCAACAAAGUGACCAUCAUCGCGUCCAAGUACGAUGAGCUGGUUACUCCCCCCACGACGUCUUUCGUCAAUGAGGACGGCGUUGCGAAUCGCUGGAUUCAGGAUACUUGCCCACUGGACCCGGUUGGACAUAUCGGCGAGGCGUAUGAUCUGAAUGUGUGGAAUCUGGUGAAGAAUGUGCUGGAUGAUACGCCCGAUCGCAAGUUUGUGUGUCUGCUUGGGUCGCCUGGCAAGGCUUAG